ACACCAGAAUAUCAGAAGCAGUCAAUAACCAAGAGGCUGGAGAAGCUCGAAGCACAGCCCAGAGAAGCAGAUCGUGCACUGGGCCGCAUGCACCGCUUCCCCGCUGAGAUGCUUUCCACAACCUCAAGAACCAGGCAGCUGAAUGGCACCUGUGUCAGCUCGGUGGACUUGGAGCUCUUUCUCCAUUACUCCCUCAUCCCAUCACUUUUCAUCAUUUUGGUCUUGUCCGUUCUCCAAAGGCGAGAGCGCCGUAAACAGAGAGAUGAUACUUCUCACCUCCUGGGGAACCACUUUGAAAUCAUCAUACCUCUGGACUUGGUGGGCACCUUUAGUAACCGAUGGUCCUAUGGAAUCGCCUUUGGGGCCACAGCCAAUAAGGUCAUGUUCUUGUUCUCGGAAGGCUACCAGCCCUUGCAGAUCCCGCAGUGGGCCCAAGCCUUUGUGCUGCUGAUCGGAGGCAUGGAAGUCGGCCUGUCCCACUUCCCCUUCUUUGCCUGCCUCUCGUCGGAGUUCCGGCUGCUCAGCUCCAUCCUCGGCUUCGGCUACUCUCUGAUCUGGUUUGCUGUCACCGUCCUUUACAUCACAGAGUGUCCCCAUGGGCAGUUUCUGGGGAGGUACGAGACGGUCCUGUUCUACUGGCCCUCACUGCUGUGCCUGGCCUUCCUGCUGGGCCGCUUCCUGCAUAUGUUUGUCAAGGCUCUGAGGGUCCACCUGGGCUGGGAGCUGCAGAUGGAAGAAAAGCCUUUCCUGGAAGUUCACCAGGCACAGCAUGUCAAACGGCUCCUGAGGAAGCCCCCCUUGCAGGAGAUUAAAAAGUCCUGGUUCCAAACCAGAAUCUAUGAGUGGGAUCCCUGCUUUCAGUUCCCAAGCAGAAUGAUUGGAACCACUGUGUUGGCUUUCAUAUGCCUGUACCUUUUCAUUAUCAUUGAGUUCUGCGUGUUCGUGUAUGUGAGAGACGAGCUGGAUGUGUUUGAAGGGGAGCUGGAGAGCUACAUCACCUCCGUGAACCAGACAGGAACCCUGACUCCAGUCAUCCUGCAGGUGAAAGAGCUGAUGAGUGUCACCAAAGGAGUCUGGCUGGUGACCAUCUUGCCCGCCUCCCUCACGUGUGUGAGCUAUCUGUUCCACAUAUUGGCCUGUUACAGAAAGCACAUGAAGAGGUUGUGGGCGGGAAAUAAACACUUUCUCCCUUUGAAGUUCCAUAAUCCUUCGUCGGCAGAGAGUGUGGUGGCCAUUGCAAGGUACUCUGGCUGGCAGAUAGCCUAUAUUCUGUGGGGCUACCUCAUCAUCCACGUGGUGCAGAGCCUGUGUGGCAUGGGGAUCAUGUACAGUCUGGUGCUGCCUGUCAUCCACAACCAGGGCCUGGAGAUGCUCCAAGGACUGGGCAUCGGGAUCCUCACCAUAUCCAUCGUCCUGGGUCUCGUGAUCCUGCAGGUGUGGAUCGCUGCCACCUUCUUCCUACAGCCAAAGAUGAGUGCGGCUGACAGGCAGAAACCCUUGGCUCUCAACAACAGGAAAGUGUUCCACAACUUCAACUACUUUCUGUUCUUCUACAACGUGCUGCUGGGCCUGGGCGCUUGUCUCUCCAGGCUGCUCAUCAGCUGCAUCCUGGGCACGUGGCUGAUCGCGCGCAUCGACAGGACCAUCAUGCAGAAUGGCUAUGAGGGGGCAGACAUGGGGUUCAGUGCCUGGAUCGGCAUGCUCUAUGUGGAUCAUUAUCAUACCAACCCUGUGCUCGUCAGCUUUUGUAACAUCCUGAUCACAGGGCACAGGGAGAGGAGGCUGCAGCGGGCCAUCAAAUACUGGUGCCUAAAUCAGUCAGCAGGUCCCCGAAUCUCAACCAGGUCCAGGACGAGGUGGCUCCUGUUACAGACCCUGGUCAACAAUCCCAGACUAGCCAUGCUCAGAAAAUCAAGAUCAGGUCAUGGCUCCCGGGACUUUACCCAGAUCCUGUUGGCAUGCUCAGACAGCGGACGGUAACCUCCAACACAGCUGCAAGGCCAUUCCAGGACUACUGCCCCUGUGACAAGGCCCAGGCUACCCAGCUGCUGUCCCCUGCAGUGUGAGGGGAUGCAGUCCCUGUCCACUGCACACAGCACCGGGCGCUCGUGGGAUGGCACCUGGGCUGAACCAUGAAGUCUCAGGUCUAAUAAUCCACUCCCUUGGUAAAAAGAUCAAGAACUAAAGAGAAUUUCUGUUGAAGUCUUUUCUCAACAAUGAUUUCCACUAUCCAUGUUUAGGAGGUAGCAUUGGGGAGUUCCGUGUGGACAAGCACUUAGUUUGACCACAGGAUAGAACUUCAUGUCACUGAAGAAGGUGGUAAAAUGUACACCAGAAGAGCUUAAUUGUUAGACACAGUUUUUCUCUGGAAGAAAGUAUGGCUUUAAUCCAACAGGAUCCUUGUUGCUUCUCCCUUUCCAGGCCUUCUGGUGGUGGGAGAGAAGGAAAUCCAUGUCCCCAGCCUCUAAUCUAGUAGGGUGAGCAGGCACACCCUACUGGUUGGGCUG